AUUAUGACCAAAGCAGGAAAAUAUUUGGGGCGCCACUUUCAGUGUUGUUGUUUUACGCAGUUGGGGAGAAUACGUUACAUUCGGCCUCUGGAAAGUUACCUCCCACUGCCACCGCGCCUCCUAGGGGACCAUGUUCGGAGAUAUAUGCUGGUUUGACCUGAUUUGUUUUUCAGUGUCAAAUCGCUGACGUUUUUUGCCAAUCGUUUUAUUUCGACCGAACUUGGCUUGGUGCCCCCCUCCCCCUUCGACCAACUGUUCAGUGAAUCACUACCAGAUCUCUCAACAGUUAAGAUGUGAACCCGGAUCUGUUGUCUUUUGAAGUGGAAUUACUCGUUACUGAAGCAGCUGGCAUUCAAACGAUGGCGGAUACAACUUUACGAGACAAGAUCCGUAAGCGUCGCCAGGCUCUGCAGGAGUCGCUGGCUCAAAGUGACGCCGACCCUGACAUCUCCACGUCACGCAUGGACGACACAUGGGCAUCCAAUGAUGUGGAAGCGGUCAGUCCACAGCAGAAUGGGAAGGUUCCGGCAAAGGAACAAGAGGAGACAACAUUGGAGGUGUUGGAUGAGGAAACAGAGAAAGAGAACAUGUUACAGGACCUGGCCUCACGCAGGAAGACUAGGCAGAGAGAAUUAAACAAGAGCCUGCAAGGUGCGGUGGAAUCUGUUGAAGACUUAGAUGAAGUAGACUCUACCGCCAGGAAGAUGUCUAUGGCUGACGCAGCCCUGAGUCUGACCAAGACCAAGUCUCCCACCGGCCUGAGUUCCUCUGUCCGAGAACGACUUAAGAACAAAGUCAAGACUGUCAGGGAGAAAGUUGAGAGUGAGGCUAAGGAGGAGCCGCGUCCCGCGAGGAAGUUGCGAGCGUUGCGGGGGAGACCUCCCGCCAUCACCAGGUUUGAUAAGAUGAAUAAAGAAGACCUGGAGGCGGAGAAGCUGCUGGAAGCGUCACUCAGCGCCAGGUCCAAGUGGAAGAAAGCGGGCAAAGGGAUGAAGGAGCUGCUUGCCAAGAAGGAUGCCCUGCCCACAGACGAGGAAGCCUACGACUUCUUCACACACGUGUAUGAUGCUGAGGAGGAGGAGGAGCCACCCAAACCCCCCACCCCCCGGGAGCCAGAGGCUGGCCCCAGCGGGGAGGGGGUGGAGGAAGGGGAGGAAGCUCAGGAGGAGGAGGAGGGGGAGACAGAGCCUAAGGAAGAAGGUGCAGCGGAGCAGCCCCAGCGCGAGGCGGACCGUCGGAGGGAGGAGGCGGAGAAGGCCCAGGAGGCUCUGGAGGAUUACCUGAGCGAGGGCUGGCAGAUGACGCACGUCCACGCCGCACAGUAUACCGGCUACCAGGCCAGGGUCGACAGGGAGAGGGACAUCUACUUUGUGCCCAGCAUGCUGCCUGUGCCUGCAGAAGAGAAGGUUCCCCAGGACGCCCAGCCCAGAUAUCUGGAGGACGAGGGUUUCUAUGUUGGAGAGAGACCUCCUGUAUCCUACAGGAACCAGAACAUUGCUGAAGACAGGCUUCUCAAGGAACCUGACGAUCGUGGGGCCAGGUGGUUUGGUGAAGACGGAAAAAUAAUCGCUCUUCCCGAUCCCUUAAAGACUGAACCCACCCGUCCACCCAACAUGCUUAUAGACGAACCCGAGCCCAUGUUAGAAACGGAGUACCGUAAGGCGUGGUUAAAGGAGUUUGAUGGGAGGUAUAUCGAUGGAUCAGAGCAGAUAUCUGGACAUGGACGCUACCAGCUGGAUGUUGACGUGAACAUGCUGGUCUUCACCCACCACUCCUUGUUCAGUCGCGAGCACGUUUUGGCAGCCAGACUGAACCAGCUUUACCAACAGUACCUGGUGAGGACACACAAAAACAUGGCCAACUUCCUCACGGAUAAACUGAAGGCCCUGAAAGCCGCAGCAAACCACCUGGAGUCACAGGAGGGACAGGGACUUAACCCUACACCUGCCGAGCAAAGUGGGCGGCUCAGGGAGUACAAGAAUGAGAUAAGACAAACCCGUAAGCUGCGUGAUGCGGAGCAGCAGGCUGACAGGAACCUGCUGAAGAACAUCCUGAAGGUCUGGCGAGACAUCAAGGCUCUGCGCCAGCUGCAGGCCUUCGCCAACACCUCCGCCAAACUCGUCGUGCGCAAGGAGGAGACUGACAAGGAGAAUGACAGGGUGGUGUGGGAGCAGGAGGUAGUAGAGGAGGUGCAGGAGGAGGAAGAUGCGAUGGAGGAGGAGUACCGCAGGCAGGUGGAGAGGUACGAGGCACUGAUGGCAGAGUGGAAGAAACAGCACAAGGCCAGAAAGCAGAAGAAGAAGAAAAAGAAGAAGAAGGAAGGCUCACAGGAGAGUUUACAGGACAGUUUGCAGGAUGAGUCUGUUGAUGAAGGGGAACAGUUACCCAAACCAGAGGCCCCCCAGCCCCCCGACAGGGAGGGUUUACGUGAGAAGGUCCGACAGAAAGCCCUGCAGAUCAGGAGAAGACCUGGAGAACCUAUCCUGACACCAGAGGUCACCAACACUGCAACCAUCACUCCUAAACAGCAGUGUCCCAGGGGUGAACAGGAAAGAAGACAAGAUGUAGAGAGACUACAAGUGUUUGUCAAGGUGCUCUUUAAUGACAAGGAAGUGUCAAGAACUAGACCAAGGAGUGUGACAUCUGACUUCAAGGUGACAUUUGGAGAAAUCUUCCCCAUUCUCAUCAUACAGUGGCCAGAGAGCAUCAAACUACAGGUGUAUGAGAAGGGAGCCCUGUCCAACACCCUCCUGGCCGAGGUGUACGCCGGCAUCCCGGAGGCGGCCGUGACGUCAGGGAACGUGGAGCUGGAGGAUCUGGAGUUCAGCAGCGACCAGCGGGUGGCGUACGAUCACGAGGGUGUCGGCAGCGGAGUGAUGUUUUCCUUUGAGGAGGACAACUCGGAGCCCCUGUGUCUGCUGACCACCGCCAUCCUCAGCACCAGUGUGUCCUGGGGCACGAGGGACGACGGCACCCCCCUGGUCCCACCUGUAGGACCCACCACUGCAACCAUACACAGCCCGAUGCUCCAGGCGGACCCAGUAGCUGCCAUCGGAGCCACAGGCAUGGUGGACAUGGAGAAGCUGGCUGCCUGGAUAGAGGAGUCACGACUGGACCCAAACGACCCCAGCAACGCAGCGCUCAUGCAGCAUGUCAAGAAUUUCACUGGCGGCAAAAACGGCGUCUCCAGAUUGCCCGACUACUUCCGGCUGGAGCAGCUCCAGGAGGAGUUUAACUUCGCCACCGACGAGGAGCUGGAAAAGUCCAAGAGAUUCCGUCUGCUGAAGCUCAGGUCACGGGAAGUCCCCGAAUUCCGCUCCUACCCCAUGGUGCCACUGCGAGACAGGGAGAUUCCAGACUCCAUCUUCAAGGAGUAUGAGAAGAGACAGAAGGAGAAGGAGGAGAGAGAUGUCAGGGAUGACAUGGAUGCACACAGGAAGAGGGUCGCACGCUUCCAGACUAUGGUGAAAGAGCAUGUGUUGAACAGGUACAGAAUGGCCAGGCACCAGUUCUCAACUAAUGACAUGGUCAUGGAGGACCAAGUACCAGACAUCGGAACCCUGACAGUGACCCUGCUGAAGAUCACAGAACCGAGGCGUCCGCUGCGCCCUGUCAGGAAGGAGAGGAAGAAGGUGCCGGCCCAGGCUCUGUCUGCCGGAGAUGUGAAGAUCCUGGUCAACAUACAGAGGGCAUUCAACAUGCAGAUUAGGACCGGAGGUGCAGGCAGUGGUGGGGCUGGUGGAGCAUCCUCGGUCGGAGACAGAACAGGAGACGCUCAAUCAGGGGUGUUGGUUCGUCCCUUCGUGGAGGUGACGUUCCAGCGCACAAGCCAGAAAACGAGCACCGCAGAGGGUAUCAAUCCCAGCUGGAACGAAGAACUCCAACUUCCUCUGAGGGUGCCAAACAACGACUACUCUCCCAGCAACUUGCAGACCCUGGAUGACACUCUCUUCAUCAACGUGUUCGAUGAGCUGGUUAUCGACAUUCUGGAGGACGACCGGCAGCGAGGGACAGACAUCCACCGCAGGAUCGAGCGCCACUGGCUCGGGUCCAUCCAGGUUCCCUUCUCCACCAUCUACUUCCAGUCCCAGAUUGACGGCACGUUCAGAGUGGAGGCCCCGCCCGUGUUGCUAGGUUACAAGCGCGGGGGUGGGGGUGGGUCGGAGGGGCUGGACCUGCAGAUGGGCGGGAACGAGCACACGUACCUGACCCUGUUCAUCACCAUCGAGCCGCCCCUCACGCCGCUCGAGCCACUCAAGGAGAAGUUUGACAGCCAGGAGGACGAGAAGCUGCUGUUCCAGGCCGAGAAGUGGCAGGGCGAAAUCGAGAAACGCUUCCCGAAACGGAACAUCUCCACCACGGUGACCAACAUCAACGGGAAGUCCGUGUUUGUGACCAGGUUCAUCCAGCCACUACAGCCACCUGACGAGCUCAUCGACAGCAACGCUGACACCAGGCAGAACUCGGAGCGUGUGGCGAGGUUCGUGUCGUUGAUCCCCUUCAUCUCCGACUCCACGCUGUUUGCAGGAAUUUGUGACAUCUGGAGCACAUGUGAUCAAUUCCUGCAGAUGUUGUCGGGAGAUGAGGAGGAGCAUGCCGUGCUGCUGUGUAACUACUUCCUGCACAUGGGGAAGAAGGCCUGGGUGGUCCUGGGCUCUGCUGUGCCUGAGGGACCCACGGCAUACGUCCUGACACAUGAGUCCAGCGGGGACUACCUCCUGUGGAACCCCAGCUCGGGCGAGUUCUUCAACCAGCACGACCCGUUCUGCCCCAUGCAGUCCGUCGGCUGCCUCAUCAACCAGGACAACAUCUGGGCCAACGUGCAGGGGUACGACGCCACGGGCAGGAUGAGCUUCGACACCACCAGGGAGGCGCAGUGGAAGCCGUUCUUCAGCCGCAGCUACCCCAACCCCGGCCUGUCCAGCGUACAGCCCGACCAGCUGGUCUACCUGCCCACAGACAAGGACUACGUGGCAGACUUGCAGGACAGAAUCGAGAGGAAGCUGAGAGACAAAGUGAUGGAGUGGCGCCCCCACAGCAUCACCCGCUGGAACCGGUACUGCACCCAGAUCUUCCGCCGGCUGCUGCCCAGGCUGGAGCAGAGCGGGGGGAGGGGCACGGCUGACGAGCACCGAACUGAGCUGGAACCCAUCCUCGCCUCGUACAAGAUGUCAGGGUUUCCCAUGCAGAUGCCGUACACAGAAGACAACCCUGUGGUGGAGGCAGUGUUCAGUACAGGCGUGCACCAGUUACAGGGCAAGGACGUGGAGUUUGCCCUGGCUGUCCACAUCCACCCCUACCCCAACUCCGUCCUGUCUCUCUGGGUCUAUGUGGCCUCUCUGGUCAGGAAGAGAUGAUAUCUGCCACACCGUCAGACAAUCAUGCCAGAAAUACUUGCAUACUGAUGUACUGACUUGCCUGUGUACAAUCCUUCAUCCUGUUAUGUACACAUCAGACAGAUGUGUCCUCCUGUAUUUUUUCUACAAUAUCCCUAGUGGUAGCACCCAGGAGUAAGAUCUAUUUUGUAUCUGUGUUUAUAUGUGCCACUGUAUAUUGUAUAGACACCCAUUAAAUGUUGUCACUUGACUGUUAAACUGGUCGAUAUUAAUGUGCAGAAGAAUGUGGCAUAGUUUUCAUACAUGUGUUAUGUUACAGUCUGACCAUCUCAGUUUUACUGAAGGUCUACAAUGCCCACACAUCAUUACUCAGUGAAAUAAUAUAUAUAUAUAUAUUAUACAUGUGUAUAUUGUAAGAGUUUUGUGCCAAAUAUGUCUACAAGUGUUUAUUGAAAGCAAAUGUAUAAAUAUGUCUAUUCUCCCAUUUUUGGCUUAUUAAAAAUGUAUAAUUUAUCGUUACAUAAAGGCACCAUUUUGGAUGUAGAAUACUUCCAUUCGUGCAAGUAUUUCCACCAUGUCAUGCUACUCUAAUGGUUUGUGUGAAUAUCCUAUGGUUCAAAACUUACAAUCAACCCAUGUCUUAUGGUGCAAAAUGUACGAGCAACUCAUAACAUUAGGUUUCAGCACAAUGUAGAGUAAACAGACCUUGUUAUGACCAGGAGUUAUCUCAGAUGAACUUUGCACUGAUUGACUGACUGAAUUAGUCAGUGGGUUUCAUGUGUUAUGCUAGCAGGAUGUUUGCCAUCUUUUGUUGGAUAAUUGCCAAGAUGUAAUGUAGAUUGUCUGGGUGAUACAUGUUUAUCACCAUGUGCAAAAUGUACAGUUAUGAUACAUGUAUUUUGCCGUGUUUCUUGAGAUUUAUAUUUUCAUUUAGGCUACUCAGUCUAGUUGUAAAUAGAAGAAUAAACUUUGUUGUAAACAAAAGCUGUGAAAGUACAAUGUGAAUUGUAUAACAAGUGUUUAUUGAUUCAAAUGUGAGAGAGCAUGCUUCAGGGCAUUCUGUAGAUUUUGUCCAAGCAUGGAGGUUCUAC